AUGGAUCCCGUGAAUGAAUAUGGAUACCCCGCUGAGGAAGAUCCUUACAUGCAGCAGGAAGAGGACUGGGAUCGAGAGGGCCUUCUCGACCCUGCAUGGGAAAAGCAGCAGCGAAAGACCUUCACAGCUUGGUGCAAUUCCCACCUUCGAAAAGCUGGAACUGGCAUCGAAGCCAUCGAUGUCGACUUCCGAAAUGGCCUCAAAUUGAUGCUUCUCCUCGAGGUUAUCUCUGGUGAGCGACUUGCCAAGCCCGACCGAGGAAAGAUGCGAUUCCACAAGAUCGCCAACGUCAACAAGGCUCUUGACUUCAUCGAAUCCAAAGGUGUUCGAUUGGUCUCCAUCGGUGCCGAGGAAAUCGUCGACGGCAACGUCAAGAUGACCCUUGGUAUGAUCUGGACCAUCAUUCUCCGAUUCGCCAUCCAGGACAUUUCUGUUGAAGAAACUUCCGCCAAGGAAGGUCUCCUUCUCUGGUGCCAGCGAAAGACUGCGCCAUAUAAGAACGUCAAUGUACAGAACUUCCACAUGAGCUGGAAGGACGGUUUGGCCUUCUGUGGUUUAAUCCACCGCCACCGACCUGACCUCAUCCCCAACUUCCACGAGUUGCGACGGGAUGAUCCUAUGACCAACCUUAACUUGGCCUUCGAUAUCGCUGAGAAGCACCUUGACAUUCCAAAGAUGUUGGACGCUGAAGAUCUCGUCGAAGUCGCUAAGCCCGACGAGCGAUCUAUCAUGACCUACGUCGCUGCCUUCUACCACGCGUUUGCUGGUGACCAAAAGGCCGAGACCGCCGCCAACAGAAUCCUCAAAGUCCUCGACGUCAACCAGGCCAAUGAGAAGCUCAUGGACGAGUACGAGCGAUUGGCAUCUGACCUCCUCGCCUGGAUCGAGCGAACUCGACCCACCCUUGAGGACCGAACCGUUGAGAACCAGAUGUCCGACGUCCAGGCUCGACUUGACCAGUUCCGCGACUACCGACGCAACCAGAAGCCCCCACGAUCCGACCAGAAGGGUGAGCUCGAAUCGAGCUACAACACUCUCCAGACUCGAUUGAGACUUGCCAAUCGACCCGCUUUCGUCCCCUCCGAGGGCAAAAUGGUCUCCGACAUCGCUUCCGCCUGGAAGGGACUCGAAGCCGCUGAGAAGGGCUACGAAGAGUGGCUCAUCGCCGAGCUCCGACGACUCGAGCGACUCGACCAUUUGGCCAAAAAGUUCUACCACAAAUCGCAGAUCCACCAGAGCUGGACCGCCGGCAAAGAAGAAACCCUCAAGUCCGAGGACUACCGAUCCUGCACCCUUUCCGAGCUCAAGGCCCUCAUCAAGAAACACGAAGCCUUCGAAUCCGACCUCGCCGCUCACCAGGACCGAGUCGAGCAAAUCGCCGCUAUCGCCCAGGAAUUGAACGAUCUUGACUACCACGACUGCGCCACGAUCAACCAGAAAUGCCAGGACAUUUGCGACGAGUGGGACAGAUUGGGAGAAGUUACCCAGCGACGACGACAGUCCCUUGAAAAUAUGGAAAAGAUCUUGGACACCAUUGAACAGCUCUACCUCGAAUUUGCCAAGCGAGCCGCCCCAUUCAACAACUGGAUGGAAGGCGCCAAGGAAGAUCUCGAAGACAUGUUCAUCGUCCACUCCAUCGAAGAAAUCAAGGGCCUUAUCCAGGCUCACGAGCAGUUCAAGGCUACCCUCCCCGAGGCCCAGAAAGAAAAGGAUAACAUCAUCGGCCUCAUGCGGGAAGCUUCCAAGAUCGCCCGACAGUACGGCGUUGAGCUCGGAGUCAACCCCUACACAACAGUCUCCGCCGACAGCAUCGAAGCCGCAUGGAACGCCGUCGUCAACUACAUUCCCCGACGAGACAGCUCGCUCCAGCUCGAGCUCGCCAAGCAGCAGCACCACAACCAGCUCAGAAUCAAGUUUGCCCAGCAGGCCAAUGCCAUCGGCCCAUGGAUCCAGCAGAAAACAGAAGAAAUUGUCGGCGUCGCACUUGAGAUGGACGGCACUCUUGAGCAGCAGAUCCAGAAGUUGAAGUCCUAUCAGACUGCCGUUGAAGGUUACAGACCAAAGGUCGAGGAGCUCGCUCACCACCACCAGGAAAUCCAGGAAGCCCUUGUCUUCGAUAACCCACACACCAACUACACCAUGGAGCACAUCCACGUCGGUAUGGAGCAUCUCCGAACCACUAUUGCUCGAACUAUCAACGAAAUCGAAAACCAGAUCAUGAUGCGAGACGCCAAGGGUCUUUCCGCCGAACAGAUGAACGAGUUCCGUGCUUCCUUCAACCACUUCGAUCGCGACCAAGACGGUAUUUGUACUAUUGAGGAAUUACAGGGCUGUCUGACCGCAAUUGGACACAUUGUCGAGUCCAAUGACCCCGUCAAAAAGAAGAAGGGCUACCUCGAGCCCGAUGACUUCGCUGCUGUCCUCAUUUCUAUGGGCUACCAGCUUGGUGAAGCUGAGUUCCAGAGAAUCCUUGCCAUUGUCGACCCCACUGGAACUGGCCAGGUGACUUUCCGAUCCUUCAUCGAGUUCAUGACUCGAGAAACGACAGACAACGACACCGCCGAGCAGGUCAUUGAGUCCUUCCGUGUUCUUGCUGGUGACAAGCCCUACAUUCUUGAAGAAGAACUCAGACGCGAACUUCCUCCAGACCAGGCUGAAUACUGUAUCCAGAGAAUGAGCCCAUACCGCGGAGCCGAUGUUCCACAGGGCGCUCUGGACUACGAAUCCUUCUCCACGGCGCUGUAUGGCGAGUCCGAUCUGUAA